AGGUGAGAGCUAGUUCCCCGUUGGGUGGGUGAUAACGAGUAUUGGUUCUAUUAAAAACAAUUUCAAGUUAUCCCUGCUACCCAAGCUUUUGCCUGCCCAGAAAAUGGCAUCUUCAGCUACUGAAGGAGAUAAGUACAGGCCCUCCUUGAAUGAACAGGAGGUGAACAACAUCCAGUGGAGGUUUGGUGCUCCUCCUAAUUAUGAUGUUGUCAACAAGCUCUUUGAAGAAGGUAGAACAAAGAUAUGGCCUGCUGGUUCACUGGAAGAAACAGUACAGAACCUUAUUAAGACAUGGGAAAUGGAGAUGUUCCACAAGGUUAAUUUUGAUGAUUACACAACAGUUGAUCCAAACAAGUACAGAGUGAGCCUCAACGGAAGGAAAGGUGUAACAUUGGAAGAGAAGAGAAAGCUUGGGGGAGGCUACAAUUGGUUCCUGCAAACUUCUUUGCCGGAGAAGUUCCGAUGUUACAACCCAGAGGAGGAAACCGUGGAUUCAGCUCAUCGAGCGUUCACGACAGCCUUUCCCCGGGGAUUUGCUCUAGAGGUUCUCCAAGUUUAUUCAGGGCCACCUGUGAUUGUAUACAAGUUCAGGCACUGGGGGUUCAUGGAGGGUCCUUUUAGAGGGCAUGACCCAACUGGAGAAAUGGUAGAAUUAUAUGGGAUGGCUGUCUUUGAGUUGGACGAACAAUCAAAGGUCGUCAAGGUGGAGUUCUUUUUUGAUCGGGGAGAACUGCUUGGAGGUCUCAUGAAGGGUGGUAGCUCCAAUAAUUAUACAAACGAGUUGUCUUCAAGCUGCCCUUUCUUGAAGAACACAGGGUAGCAUGGAGAAAGCAAUUUACAGAGCAUAUAUAAAGCAAUUCAAUCUUGAAGAAUUGUGACCAAUGUGUUUCAGCAAGGGACAAAGAAUGAUUAUAUGGUUUGCUAGUCUAUAUUAAAUAAACUAAUUAACAGUCUCCUAAAUUCCUAAGAAUUGUCUUUGUUCAGUGGUGAACACGAAUGGGAAAAUGAGUAUUUUCAAAAGGAAGUUCCUAUGAUUGUGUUCAUUUUUUCCAUUGUCACAAAUGUCAUGGGGUUGCCUUCUUGUGUUGACAAAAAUCACCACAUCAUCCAAUACUUACCCUAAGUGUCCCUCUACCUGGUCUCCGAAAACUAGUAGCAGUGCGGUACAGAUGUUCAAACCUCUGCUCCAUGAAAUCAUAACCAACGACCUGCAUUUCCAUGGAACACAGAAGUUGGCUUUAAUACUUCAGGAAAAGGUUAU